AUGCGACUUCCCCGUCCCACCCUCAGCUAUCCAGUAACGAGAGAAUUCCCUGCCUCCUACGCCCUUGCUGCAUAUAUCGGGUCCACAAUCGUCCUUGCAUUUCUAGUCGUCAUCAAUGUUGCUCUGGUGGGAUACGAGACGGUCUCCGUUUUCUCGUCCGAUUUCAACAUCACCGACCACUUCUGGUACGACCGCCUGCUGCCGUCUUUUGCGCGGAGCGACGGCGCACCGGGCAGCCUUUGCGCGGCGCGACUCAUCGGGCUUGGCGAUACUGUCGCAACAAACUACUCUCUCUUCCAGUAUACUGUUGCUGCCAUUGACACCCCGAAUGCCGGUGAUUCUGGGCUCGCAUACACGGGGUGGACGCUGGACGACUGCGACGUGACGGCGUUGUACGUGAACAUCGUCGGGCAGACACUCACGAGCGAUUUCACCGCCAUCGUGACCUGUUUUGCCACUGGGGACAAGAACUCGAGCUACACCCUGCGCGCGGAUUGGAGCCAGUCCGCUCUCGUUGGGAAAUACACCUCCAUCUUAGGUGCGAAAUCCGCGAGCCCAACGCCUGGGCAGGCACGCGAAUACGUGCUGGGCGCCAUGGUCGUAACUGCCGGGAACGAUUGGGCGGUCUGGGCCCUGAACAUCUUUGGCUUGAGCAAUUUCACGGCACCGGAGGUGCUCUCAUUCGCGGCAGAGUUCCCGUACUGCCCCGCAUCCGCAAUCCACGUCAAUUCGAGCUGUUCCAGCACCAACCCGCCCGCGCUGAACAUCACACGGACUACCCAGAUCACAGGAUCAGGGAGCAACGGACGCGUCAGCACAUAUACCGCAAGCAGGCCGAUAGGCGGCUUCAACCAGCCGCUGCUUGACCUGGCAAACGAUACCUUUGGCUUUGCCCACUUGGCUUCGAAUACUGUCCAAUCCCUUUGGGCGGCGCUCCGUGUGGACCUUGGGAACCCGUCGCCAGGGAACUUCCUGCUUGACCCCAGCCUUGUGCCGCGCGCCGUCUUCCGCUCUUUCCCCAUACCACAAUUGCCCGGAGCGGCAUUCGUUUUGCAAAACGAGUCCUUUUUGUACUCGACCCUCGUCGGCGACGGGUACUAUGCGCAAAGUCAGGGCGAUUCAGCCUUUGUAAAUACGCCAACACUGCUACCGCUCCCGCUCCCCGGACCGGCGGUGCUCGAUGGGGUAUACCUCUGUCAACGCCGACAGCUGAUGAAACCAGGAAGUGUCCUAGUCGCCGUGGUUGCUGGGACAUAUACGAUGUUCAGCACUGGAUGGACAGUUUUCCUGUUACUUGCGGAGACGUGGUUUAUGCGCAAGAAGCGGGACCAGGGGACAGCGGACUCGGAGGCCGCCCCCAUUGUGGCAGAGUCACUGGCAGAAAAGCUCGCUCCGAGUCGCCAAAGCUCGCGCGCUAGUCCUGAUCCGGCUUCAGCAGAGCACUCAAUUCAUGUUGAAGACCCACCAGCAAAGCGUGCGAGCAGCCUUCCAGCGGAUAUACCACAUAAUUCUCGCGCCAUGACUGACAGCAAGCCUGUUCAAUCAUUUCUACCCCCAACUCACAAAUCAGCUUGA